AUGGCGUCGGCUAUUCUCGGGCCCCUGUGCGAUGGGCAGCACUCCCAGCACGAUGUGCUGCACUACGCCCACCCCUCCCUGCUCUCGCUGGGGCCGCUGCGCCUGGAGACAUGCUGGUGGGUGCCGCUGCUGUUCGCGGCAGCGGGCAUCAUCCUGGGCGUGUCUCACCCGCUGCUGGACGCGUGGCAGCAGGAGCGGGGAGGGCAGCAGCCACGCGGCGGCGCCGACCCGUCCUGGUCCUUUGUGCUGGCAGCAAUCACGCUGUUUGUGCUGCAGUACGCGGCCAGCGGCACGCUGGAGGAGCCGCUGCUCAGGCAGGCCCUGCCCGGCGGCCUGCCGGCGCUGGACGCGCUGCUGCUGUCGUCGGGGGUGGCGCUGUGGUGGGCCUUUGACUGCAGUCCGCAGGGCCUGCUCAUGGCCUGCCUGACCGCGGUGGCAGGCCCCGCCGUGGAGGUUGCCCUCAUCAACGGCCUGCACGCCUACACCUACACCCACCCAAGCUUCCUGGGCAUCCCCUCCUGGAUAGCGUGGGUCUACCUGGCGGGCGGGCCGGCGGUGGGCAACCUGGGGCGCAGGGUGAGCAGCAGCAUUGUGGCGGCCAGGAGAGAAAGGGACACAUGA